GCGAUUUUGUCCGUUCAUUGGUGUUGUAUUCUUGUCGGUAGUUGCACCUUUCGCCGAUCAUCCUCGAUGUCGCUAAAUUAAGGGACUCCCCGUUCGUUUCGGCAUAAGGAUUUAGCGGAAAGAGACCGCCAAACCCACAAAGUAAUCAAAACAUGGACGUUACUACAAAGAUGUUCGACUCUAACUUGUUAUCACAAAAGUCACGUGACACAAUACACCUUCAAGCUCACAUUUAGAAAGCUAUCUGUAGCAUAUGUACGAAAAUCAAGCGAUAACGAUGUGGAGCAAGCAACAGCAGGAAUGGCUUUCAGAUGGUUUCCACAGCAGCACAAAGGAUCGAAAGCUAUUUGGCACGCACGUGAAAUACUGGACUAAUUAAAGUCCUCUUCAUCGAGAUGGUGUUGAACACCGAGUGGGCCCAAGUAGAAGUAAUCGACUUGAUCAACGAUGGAUCGGGUCUAGCUUUCGGCAUAAUAGGAGGCCGGAGCACUGGUGUCGUUGUCAAAACCAUUCUACCUGGUGGUGUAGCCGAUCGGGACGGACGACUGCAAAGCGGAGACCACAUCUUACAGAUCGGCGAGGUUAAUCUCAGAGGACUCGGGUCUGAGCAGGUCGCCUCGGUUUUGCGUCAGUGCGGAAUUCACGUCCGGAUGGUAGUAGCCAGACCAGUUGAAUCGACUUCUGCAGAUUACCAGGCGUUAGGCAGUCACGCUCCCAUUGUGCCGACGAAGAUUCUUGGUGAUCCCGUCGAACUUGACAGACACUUGAUCGAAAAUGGAUAUGCAGAAACUUCAAGUCAUCAUCCUCCGUCCUCUUUUUCGUCACCGUUUAUUUACACAGCAAGCCAGCACUCGAGCUAUCAGUUGCACCCCAUUUCUGGAGCCGUCGACGUCGUGAAAAACCCCUUACCCAUCGGAGAUGUGCCCGCACCGCCGCCACCUUCUACGAUGCCCGUCAUCACCAACAUGCUACCUCUUGACAUGGCGCUGCAUGAACCCAAUUUGCCAGAAACGGAAACUUAUUCGGUCGAGUUGAGGAAAGAUGAUCUAGGUCUGGGAAUAACAGUAGCGGGAUAUGUUUGCGAACGAGAGGAAAUUUCUGGCAUUUUCGUAAAGAGCAUCAGUCAAGGGAGCGCAGCAGAUUUGACCAAGAAAAUUAAAGUCAAUGACAGGAUCGUAGAGGUUGAUGGCAUCUCCGUCGUAGGCCACACGAACCAUCAAGCCGUCGAGUUAUUACGAAGUACAGGACCAGUAGUUUCAAUAAAAUUUGAGAGGUAUUUAAGGGGCCCCAAAUAUGAGCAGUUGCAACAAGCCAUUAGGGCAAACGAGCUUAGACCGCCAUCGCCACUUUCACCCACGACCGUUUCAUCGUUGCCUAAAGUACCCCUGAGCUUAGUGCAAAUGAGCUACCUGGGAAUAGAACCGGAAGGGGAAUCACGCACCAGUUUUGAUUUCGAUUCCGCCGUUCUCUCUGAAGGGCUGGGGAACGAAGAUGAGGAAAUUGUGAUAGACUGUCGAAGGUCGCUGCAGUUUAGCAUCGACAGCCAUGAAUCGAUAUACGAAAAAUGGAAAGAGAAAGUGGCUGACGACGUCGACAUUGUGAUUGCUCAGAUGCAUAAAGAACCCAAUAGCGGGUUGGGUAUUAGCCUGGAGGGUACAGUGGAUGUAGAAGACGGAAAGGAAGUGCGUCCGCAUCAUUAUAUUCGAAAUAUAUUACCUGAUGGUCCUGUAGGUCGUAAUAAAAUUCUACAAGCAGGAGAUGAAUUGUUAGAGGUAAAUGGUAUACAACUGAUGGGUCUGAACCACCUAGAAGUAGUGUCGAUCUUAAAGCAGCUGCCAAACUUCGUUAGUCUAGUGUGUGCUCGGUAUCCGGUUCCUAUUAGAAUAAUAGACACUUCUCAGCACCGAGAAGCUUUCCAAGCGAGGAAAAUAUUAGCUGGUAGUCUUCAAACUUUAAUACCCAAUAAUGAUCGUUUAGUAAAAGCGAAAUCGGAAACUUCGAUAGCAUCAAGCUUCAACAGCGAGCAGUGUAACGAAAGUAGAUCUCGCUCGUUAGAACUGAUCGCUGGAUUACCCAUGUGGAGCACCGAACCGACCGUAGUGGAAUUAAUCAAGGGGGAUCAUGGAUUAGGAUUUUCGAUUUUAGAUUACCAGGACCCUUUGAACCCCCAAGAAACUGUGAUAGUCAUUCGUUCUCUAGUACCUGGAGGCGUUGCCCAACUAGAUGGUAGACUGAUUCCGGGCGAUAGACUUCUAUCUGUCAACGACAUCAAUCUAGAACACGCCACUUUAGACAGGGCCGUACAAGUGCUGAAAGGGGCCCACAAGGGGCCCGUGCGGAUCGCCGUAGCCAAACCUCUGACAGCCAACGAUGCCGUCUCGCACACGAGUCAGGACACCGAGGAUGACCAAACUUGCUUGGAGGAUUUUCAGGAAUGUAUUGAAGAGUAUCAAGAAUGUUUAGAAGUGGUACACAUAUGCAUAGACGAAGAUAACUCUUCGUUUAACCGUUCGGCUAGCACAUCUCAGAUAGAAGAUCUGGGCCAGACUAUAACCAAUGCUCAACAAAUCGUAAAUAAGGAUAUUUUAGAUAACAAUAAUUUAUUAAGAGUUGAAAAAAAAGAUAGCAUAGGUGACAGUGAUUUAGACAUAAGUUACAAAAGUACAAACGACCAUUUAAACAAUAAGAUCGAGUGUGAUAAUAAAAACUUGAGUAGCAGUACUCCGUUGAAGACUAUCAUCGAUAAUAAAGGACUAAAUAAGACCGAUAGCUUAACACAGAGCGAUAAAGGUACGCAUUCCUCCAACCAAGAUGGCUACGAAACGUGCGUAGACGAAUCCUUGUCGGAGGAAGUGCCGAAAAACAAUAACGAACAACUAGAAGAAGAAGUAACACCAACAAACUCCAAAGCGAACAUAUCAGGAAGUUACGCCACCGAUUCUGAGGCAGCCACCGUAAUUAAUGCCACUUCCGAACCAUGCUUAACUUUGGAGCAAUGCACCAAUCACAUCUACUUAGACACAAGGUCGGACGAAGAACCCAAGUCGUACGACCAAAGCGACUGCUUAGGGCCCGACGAGUUUUUUCUGGUUCAGUACCCGCCAGACGAAAACCAGGAAGUAGUACCUAAAAGUUACAGCGAGCCCAACGUGUUGGACAAAGUGUGCGACAUGACACCCAGAAAGCUGACUUACAGACUGAGGGAGUAUUACAACGAUUACAAAGAUUGUCUGGAGUCGUACAAGAUCUACACUCAAGAAAAGAAAAAAGAGGAGAUGAGCGACGACUUAAUUUUUAAUGAGAUUUUUCUCCCUUUCAAAAGCAGGUCAGCCCCUAAUAUCAUGGACAGUUCCUUUGUGACCCUCACUUAUGAUCCAGGACCCGAUCGCAGCCGUAGGAAGUCCGAUAUUCCACCAGGCUAUCUAGGCGCGGAAGACAGUGAAGGAACGCUACCAAUGACGGUAAUAAGGCCGAUUGAUAGUGAUUAUGGUACUCUGAAGGGGAAUCACGUUAGCGAUAUGUUGCAAAAACACUGGGGCUCCACACACACGGUUAAAGUGUACAGGGAACCGAAUACCAGUUUAGGAAUUAGUAUCGUGGGCGGCAAGGUGGACAUCCAUUCCACUGAUUCAUCUGACAAAAUUCUGGGUAUUUUCAUCAAACAUGUUGUACCAGACAGUCCUGCAGGAAAAUUGGGAUUGUUUAAAACUGGAGACAGGAUUUUGGAAGUAAGUGGCAUCGACUUGCGACAAGAAAGUCACGAAAAAGCCGUGGAAGCAAUCAGAAAUGCCGAAAAUCCUGUAACUUUUGUUAUACAAUCCCUAAUACCCUGGAACAAUGAAAACGAUGCCGAAUCUUACAAAAGUAAUGAAAAUCUUUGUCCAUCUCCAUUCCCUUCGCCAGUUAGUGAAAAAGCUCCAAUAGAAAUACCUCCUCCAAUCAUUACAAUAUCAGACGAGGAGGAAACAAAAAAACUUACUGAAAUCAAAAAUGAAAAGAGUAGUGAACUCAAUAAUACCUCUAACAAAUCAUCACCAGUUAAUGUUGUUGCUAACCUCAAGCCGAUAGCUCCGGAGUCUCCAAUUAUACCCGUUAGUCAGAGUGUUCCCGUGAAGGAUGAAUCUCUCGAAGAAAGUGAAGAAGACGAAGAAAUGGACGUCCGGGAAAUGGAAGGGAGGACGGUUACGCCGAAGGGACAACAGAUCGAGCGGGCCAGCGCUGGAAAUCUCAAAAGAAGUAAAGAUGAAAUUGCCGCGGAUCCGGAGGAAGACGACGAGUUUGGUUACACCACGAACAAAGUGAAGAAGAAAUACGCGAACCUAGGCCACACCAUCCUCAUGGUGCAACUGGAGCGCAGCAAUCAAGGCUUGGGUUUGAGUUUGGCCGGCCACAAGGACCGCAACUGUAUGGCCGUUUUCGUGUGCGGUUUGAAUCCAAACGGUGCAGCGUUCAAGACAGGGGGCAUCCAGAUCGGCGACGAAAUACUCGAGGUGAAUGGUGUGGUUUUACAUGGACGCUGUCAUUUGAACGCUUCCGCUAUCAUUAAAGGCCUUUCCGGACCAAUAUUUAAAGUCAUUAUACUAAGGCGAAAAACUGCAAUCGAUGACAUCGCUGUUAAGCCCAUUACACAAUUUCCAGUUUCCCUGGCGGAAGAGGCCUCCGAGGAGCAGUUUAGUGCUAACUAUCCCAAUGUUCGAACCGUCGCUAUUAAGAAGGGCAACCAGAGCUUAGGUAUAAUGAUAAUAGAAGGCAAGCAUGCGGAAGUGGGCCAAGGUAUAUUCAUCUCAGACAUCCAAGAGGGCAGCUUUGCGGAAAAGGCCGGCCUAGAAAUCGGGGAAAUGAUCCUGGCUGUUAAUAAAGAUUCACUAGUUGGUUCCAAUUACGAUACAGCCGCCAACUUGCUGAAACGUACUGAAGGCUUGGUCACCCUGGUGGUAUCCAAUCCGGGCAAGAAGGAGCAGCCGCCGCCUCCUGCCAUAGCGCAAAGCGCCGCCAACGCCACCGAUCACACCAAACAGAACGCCGUCAACAAACCUUCCGGGCUGAAGCCUUCAGGUCCUCCGUCGAGACCCAGCACACCAGUACCUGAACUAGUAGCGGAUCUGACAACAUGUGCGAUAACGCCGGGAAAAGACGUUGCAAUAGAGAUCCCAACGGAUAACAAAGGAUUAGGAGUGUUUUUCGUAGGUGGGAAAGACACAGCUAUACCGAAUGGAGUCGUGGUAGUUGAGGUGUAUCCUGGAGGGGCGGCGGACAAGGAUAAUCGGCUAAGGCCCGGCGACCAAAUCCUAGAAGUCAACGGGACGCACCUGAAAGAUGUAACACACACCACAGCUUCACAAGCUUUGAGACAAACACUGCCAAAGAUGAAACUGGUUGUUUACCGACCGGAAAAAAUCGAAUACACUAAGCUGGACGUGGACCUAAUCAAGAAGCCCGGAAAGGGAAUGGGGUUGAGCGUUAUCUCACGGAAGUCAGGGAAAGGGGUAUAUAUAGGCGAUAUUAUAAACGGAGGGACCGCCGACGUGGACGGGAGGAUAAUGAAAGGGGACCUGUUAGUGUCUGUGAAUGGACAAAGUGUCGAAAACGCGUCACGCGAUGAAGCAGGAGCCAUUCUUAAGACUGUGACGGGGAGAGUUUCCCUAAAGUUGCACAGAUAUAAACCAGUCGCGAGAUAAUUAAUCUCGUCACAUUUAGACUUCGUAUUGUGGUGUUUGUUCAUUCGCCGGCAAAUUGAUAUUAUUUCGAUUCAAAGUAUUGUCACGUUUUUUUUACUAUGAUGAGUUGCCAGAUUGUUUUCGUUUACCGAAGGAAGAAAUGUGAUUUCUUGUUACGUAAAUGUGUUUUGUUUCGACUGUUGCAUUUAACUUUUUUGUCGCAUUUACGUAAAAAUCUAUGUAACGUUAAUAUUUAUCUAGUCACUUAAGUUAUUGUUACUUAAUUUAUUGACUAAGUAUAUAUAUUUUGUAAAAUAGUAUACCUGCUUACAUUGUGAUAAAACUAAAAUUUAGAAAAAUAAACUAUAGGUACAUUUAACAAUUAAUAAUUUAUGGAAAUACUUCUAGGGUAAUGUCAAGUUCCACCGUAUUUUUGAAUAUCGUUUUGUUAACAAAACGUCAUAGUAUGGCGAAGUAUUAUGCAAACUUAAAACAAUGUUUAGAUUUUAAUUAAAUCAAGUAAAUUAAUAUUUAUAGAUGAUUACAGUAAAGAUGUGCAUGUAUUUAUCAGUUAGAAUGCAUUACUAUUUUUUAGGUAUUAAAUUAGUUUAUUAUUAUAAAUAAAAAUAAAUGAUGUAUUAAACAGACUGUAAUAAUUUGUAAAUAAUGUAUUCUCUUGAAAAGUUCACUACUUGUACUAAAUCUAGAACUAUUUUGUAAAUAGGGUUAUGCAAUGGUGCAUGCUGGAAUUUUAAUAAAAUUCACUUUAUCUCUUGCUA